AUAUAUUAAGAUGUCAACACACGCAUCAGGUCCUUUGAAUCGGUCAAGUCUACGACGAAAUCUACUGCUAUUCAUCUCUGAAAGUCUCAUCAUGAGCUCUUCUAAUAACAUGACCUCCAUCCCGGAGAAUGGAUAUCCUCAAAAUCAGCAGAAACAAACCUAUUCGGAGUGGGCUAAGGGCGCCUAUAAUGAUCAAUACGAGAAAUGGAUGCCCUGGAUUGAAGAUCAAUACCUAAAGUGGUUUGGAAAGGGUGAUAACAAGGCUUCUUAUGCGACGAAAGAUACUCUCUCCAAGACAAAGGUCACGGGCAUCGACCAAGUUGACCAGAUUCAAGACGAUACAGCCAACCUUGUCGGAAAUCAGAUUGGUGACAAGGGACUGUUGAAACCAGUAGGACAAUUCGCCUCCAGGGAGGGUGUUAAUCGGGCCGAGAGAAACGGCAAGGACGAAUCUGGUUCGUACAUGGGAGGUGCUGCCGGUCUAUUCGAUAAAGGCAAAGAAGGUGCCAGUAGUGCAGGAUCAGGCCUGGCUCGAGGUGCCGAGUCUGUUCAGAAUAUGACAAUAGGGAAUAUUCCUGGUGGCAAGGGUAUUCUACCUUCCAACGGCAAAUAGUUGAUGUAACUGAUGAACAGUUAUGAUGAUCAUAUUCUGAGCGACCGUUCUUUUGUUGGCUCACACUUGAUGUUUUAAUUAUGUUCUUUCAUUUCUUUUGACGAUAGAGACCUUUUUGGAGGGGAAGAUGUCUGUUAUAUGGCCUGCCUAGGUUCUGGAACACGAUGAAGCCUAUUUCCUCUGCUUUCCAUUCUGGUCCUUUCGUGUAUUGAUGUUUAUCCAACAAUGAUUAUGGAGUUCGACGCAGUAUAGUUAUCCAAUUCUGAUGCAAUUUUG